AUGGACAAUAUGAUAACUAAUGCCCUUGGGUUUAAUACGCCGAUUUAUGUGCCAAAUGAUGUCGACGACCCUGCUGAUGAUGAAUAUGACGCUGAUGUUAACGUCGAGAGACCAAAUGAGGAAGCCCAGCGAUUUUUUGAUCUUUUGAAAGAGACAAAUACACCGUUGUGUGAAGGCUCUCGAGACUCAAAGUUAACGGUGUGUAUUAGACUUUUGGGUAUCAAGUCUGAAUGUCUUGUUUCAGAAUACACCAUGGACUUGAUAACAAAACUGAUGUUGGAUAUAACAAUAGACCGUCCUCUUGAUUUGCCAAAAAAUUAUUACGAAGCAAGACAAUUGGUUGCAAAGUUAGGACUCGGAGCGAAGAGAAUUGACUGUUGUGUUAACGGGUGUAUGUUGUACUAUAGCAACGAAUUUGGUGUAGAUGACGGUGCAUUACUUGAAUGUAAAUUUUGUCAAGAACCAAGAUAUCGUGUAACAAGAAAUUCACGGUCAGUCAGAAGGAAGCCAAUCCCAAGAAAGGCGAUGUUCUAUUUACCCAUAAUACCAAGGUUGCAAAGGUUGUAUGCAUCGAUGCAAACAGCCAGUAAAAUGACAUGGCAUCGUGAAAACUAUGAAAGGAGAAAAAUGUCAGAUGGAUUUACACCAUAUACUCAAGUAUCAGCCACUCCAUAUUCAUGUUGGCCUGUUCUGGUUACCCCGUACAAUCUUCCUCCUGAUAUGUGCAUGUCAAAACCUUACAUGUUUUUAGCCGCUGUAAUACCAGGCCCAUCUAGUCCAACUGUUGGUAUUGAUAUCUAUUUACAACCUUUGAUUGAUGAUUUGAAGAGAUUGUGGAACGGUGUUGCGACGUAUGAUAUCAACCAAAAACGAAAUUUCAAUAUGAGAGGAGCUUUGAUGUGGACCAUUAAUGAUUUUCCUGCAUAUGGGAUGUUGUCUGGAUGGGGGACACAUGGUAAACUAGGAUGUCCUAUUUGCAUGAUGGACACCAAAGCGUUUUGGUUAGAAAACGGUGGGAAGGCUACUUGGUUUGACUGUCAUCGUCGGUUCUUGCCUACUGAUCAUCCGUUUAGAAGAAAUAAAAAUGCUUUUGUUCAUGGUGACACCGAGACUCGUGAUCCACCAGAUUAUUUGACAUCCCGACAAGUCUGGAACAAAGUGAAAGAUAUUCCAAAGGUUGAGGUUGUAGGUGGUGUUGCAUCUAAACCGCGUGGUUAUGGACAAACACACAACUGGACAAAAAGAAGUAUCUUUUGGGAUCUGCCGUAUUGGAAAUCCAAAUUCCAGGCUCCAUAUCUCAACUGGACGGAGGUCAGGGCAGAUGAGCGUGGAUAUCAACAAUUUUGGAAUGGCUUCAGGUCGCAAGUAACUUGGCUGAAUCACCACACAGCGGCUAUUGAGCGUAUAUUCAACAAAAAAGCCACCAAGCGUCUGUCGACCUUACUUUUUGAAGCGCGGAAAAAGAUUAAAAAGGAUCCUUCAAAACCACCACUUUGGCUCGCUGGCAAUUCAUACCCUAUGCUCUGCCGCAGAUGGGAAGAGGAAGAGUAUAUUGCAAAGUGUAUAAAGAACAAAGCCAACAGAAAUACUGAUGAAGCCAAUCGUGCGUGCGUACACUCUGGAGGGUCUAAAUCUGCCGGAACGCUUCGUCUUGAGUUCAUCCAACAAUUUGGUCGUCCACCCACCUUUAUGGAGAUGAAUGACAUGAUGCACCGGUAUGCAGAUUCCGGUGAGUGGACGGGGGCAAGGGCGCAAGAAGUGUCGAGGUUGACGCAAAUUUGGGUUGAAGAAUAUAAUGCAAGCCAACUACGACUACCACCUCAUAGGCGAGAUAAUGAGGAUGUUCGUCGAAACAAGAUGUCGUUGGCUUUUGUUAAGAAUGCUGGUGGUGCGACUCGAGGUCGCAAAUUCGCUGCUGGGUGUACAUCUUCUCUAUAUGCAAGUGACCCAACUGGUUUGAGAGAUGUCACUUACACAUCUUCAUCUUCAUCGAGUACAGGACGCUCUCGUCCAACUCAAAGAGAGGAAACCGAUGAUGAGUAUGAAGCGCGAAUGAGGGCCACGUAUAGAGAAGAAUUCCGCGAUGAGUUCGAAGCAUCAUUUGAUGACCGGGUGGACGUACGGGUCCAACAUAUAUUGCAGGAAUUCUUUGCACAGCAGAGGGCGCCGGCGCCGGCGGGGGGGGGGGGGGGGGGGGGGGUUGGAUCAUCAUCUCAGGCUUCGGCACGACAAAAUCAAAAUGCCGGUGAACAAGAAUAUCGACCGGAUUUGAGUAGCAUGGUUAAUUUGAAUCAGCUGCCGGAGUACCGAGAGGGUGAUCCAGUACUGAGUAUGAGCAUAGAGGAUAUGAGUCAGAUGCUUAAUGAACCAGUUCAUUUACAAUUUUUUGAUCCUACUGGGCAAACAAGUGGAAGCAGUAGUGGCGGAAGCGGUAGAAAUAAUCAACAAACUGCUUUCACCGAAUACCAGAGAUCAUUAAAUCCACAACAAGACUUCAUAAUCCCACAUGAAAACCCAAAUCAACCCCAAGGCAACUUCUUCCCAAAUCAAGCCCCAAUUAACUUCGUUCAUAGGCCUGUGGCACGACCUCCUUCGCGAACGUCACUCCCCGGAGUCAUAAUACACGAGGAAGGUAGAGGCCGAGGCCGAGGCCGAGGAAGGUCGCGUCAGCCAACAGACACUGGCAAGGGGAAGCGAUCACUAUAUCAGCCGCCUGACCAACGUUGA